AUGGCUAAUAUCGACACGCCGAUCCCGGCUUUGAAACUUAACGAUGGCAAUUCUAUCCCAAUGCUUGGCUAUGGCACAGGCACUGCGUGGUAUAAGUCUGGGGACGAGGACAAGAUAGAUGAGAAGCUGGUGGAGAGUAUUCAGACGGCGAUUAAGCUGGGGUAUUACCAUCUUGAUGGCGCGGAAGUAUACAAGACAGAGCCCGAGCUUGGGGUGGCCAUCAAGAAGAGUGGCGUACCCCGGGAGAAAUUGUUCGUGACCACCAAGGUCAUUACGAACAUCGCCGACAUCCAGAAUGCCAUCAAGACGAGCUUGAAGAAGUUGCAACUGGACUACGUAGAUCUCUACCUCAUCCACGCCCCCUUCUUCGCACAAACCGACUCCGACCUCCAACGCGCCUGGGCAGAGAUGGAAGCCGUCCAAUCCUCCGGUCUCGCGAAAUCCAUCGGCGUCUCCAACUACCUACCCCAGCACCUCGAAGCGACGCUCAAGACCGCAGAAGUCGUCCCGGCCAUCAACCAGAUCGAGUUCCACCCGUACCUGCAACAUCCGCCGCUCCUCGCGUUCCACAAGCAGCACGGCAUUGCCACCGCGGCGUAUGGCCCGCUCAGCGCGGUGACGAAGGCCUCGCCGGGGCCGGUGGAUGACUUUAUGAAGGCGCUGGAGAAGAAGUAUGCGGUUUCUGCGGCGGAGAUCAGUUUGAGGUGGUGUAUCGACCAGGACAUCGUUGCUAUUACUACGAGUGGAAAGGAGCAACGCCUGUCGGACUACUUGAGAUGCGCGACCUUCAAGCUGACGCCGACUGAAGUUAAGACGAUCAAAGAGAAGGGAGAGCAAAAGCAUUAUAGGGGGUUCUGGACACACAAGUUUGAUGCUAAUGACCGCUCGUGA